CUCUACUGGUCUGGUGGUAUGUUAUGUCUAGUGGACUCAAUAAUGUUAAUGGUAACGGUUUUUAAUGGUUAGCUGAUGGUUUGUAAUGGUAUUUGUAGUCGAAAACGUUCUAAUUUCUGUUAUAGUUUCUAUUGUUUUUCACCCCAGCAGGGUGGGCUGGCUCUCAUUUCCAGGAUCUGGCAACCCUAGACAUUCAUCUGCUUGCUUGUACAGCAUUUUGCAGUCAGCUGCGUUUGGCUCAUUCAUUCACCUGCUUUACUGGCUACAGCGAUCAGGGGUUUUUUGGGUUGAUCUCGAGGGUUUUCGUUGUAAUUGAUGUAAGUGUGGUUAGGUGUUCAGGCUCAGGUGUUUUUGCGCACAGUUUUGUGAGGAAAUCAUUGUCUGAGAUGGGCUGCGCCGGAUUCACCUGCUCCAAGAAUUCCCUCUGCGCCCUCAACAUCCUGUAUGUGAUGGUGAGCAUGUUGAUGAUUGGCAUCGCUGCCUGGGGAAAGUGGUUUGGCCUGGUCUCGAGUUUCCAGGUGGUAGGGGGUAUCAUCGGCAUUGGGGUCUUUCUGUUCCUCGUCGCCUUGGCUGGACUCAUUGGCGCCAUAAAGCACCACCAAGUUCUUCUCUUCUUUUACAUGAUUAUCCUGUUCCUGGUGUUUGUGGUCCAGUUCUCCGUGUCCAGUGCGUGCCUGGCCAUUAACAAAGAGCAGCAGAAUGAGCUGUUGGAGGUGGGCUGGAACAACUCGCAUACCACACAAAGGGACGUGGAGAAGAGCCUGAACUGCUGCGGAUUCUCUCACGUGGAAGUCAACAGCACCUGUCCUGCUGCGUGUUUCACUCAUUCCACAUGUGACACGUGUGCAGCGAAGAUCCAGGAGCACGUUGGGGAGGUGCUGCGCAUCGUCGGAGGGAUCAGCCUUUUCUUCAGCUUCACUGAGGUGAGGCACAACUUUCAAAUCAUCUAUAAAGUGGUCUAUAAGACGUUUUUUUUUUUUUUCAGAAAUACAGUUAGAUAAUAGGGCUGCACAAAACAUUGUUUUGACUGUUAGCGCAGUAUCUCCUUUAACAAUAUUGACAUCACAGAAGCUUGCGAGAUUAAAAAAAAUAUAUAUAUUAUGUUGUGUUCUGUGAGCUUUUUUGAGUAUUUCCAAAGUUUCUGAUUUCAGAAGUUCCGGACACGGAUUUCUCUGAGUGUUUUUGAAAAAUUGUGGAAUUGGUGUGGUUUAAAAAUGAAUGAACAAAUAUAGUUCAAAUCAAUGUAAUCAAUCCUAGAGGGGCAGAGCUUUGUUUACUGAAACAGCCGUAACUCAAGACUGCUUGCAUGAAUUCACACGCAUUUUCAGUAUAAGGCUCUGAGGAUGUCGGCGACAUUUUGAAAUGCGGUGCGGAGCAAAGUUCCAAAAGCCCUUUUUUUCAGGAAGUGCAUGUCCGAUUGAGCUGAAAUUUGGUGUACUUACUGCAGUGUUGUGCUGAUCUGUAAGUGAAUUAUUUUGUUAACUGGGUUACUUCAAAAGCACGACCACCCACCAUCAGCCAAUCAGCUCUCAGCAGGCAUUUGGCAUGAUUAGCAUUGAUCAGUCAUCACAAAACCUGAUAAGUAUGUUAGUCUAUGGUCUUUUUAUUGUUUUGUACAAAUUAGAAACGUAGAACUGAGCACUGGAGGCGAUAUUUGCAAAAAGUGCUUGGACCCCACAGAUAAUCACUUGUCUCUACAUUCGUCAUUGUUAUGUGUUUGUUUAUUUAUUGCUUAUUUGUUGUCCUGUAUUUUAAAGAAUGUGAUGUUAUUAAGAACUUUUCCAAAAGAGAUUAAACUGUAGUUUUAUUGUGGGUUUUUUUUUAAUUAAUGUUAAAAUGUAAUGUAAUUUAGUUUGUAUUUCUGAAUAACUAUUUUGCACACUAAAAAUUAUUUUAGUAGAUAAAUGUAAAUUUGUAAAUUUCUCUAAGUUUAAAUACAAACCACACGUUUAAUGUUUGUGUACCCCCCUAUAUUUCCUUCUUUCCUCUUCUCUUUCCUGUUUUUUUUUUUUUUUUUUAGAUCCUGGGGGUGUGGCUAACCUACAGAUACAGGAACCAGAAAGAUCCACGGGCCAAUCCUAGCGCCUUCCUGUAAACCCUAGCCUGGACGUGGCAACUUCCUGUCCUCCAUCUAACCACUGGACUUCUUACUAGAGCUCUGUACAACACCAGAAGUGUGUGUUUGCUUUCUCUAAAGCAGAGAUCAGUGCUCGUUCUCGCUGCUGCGUGUGUUGAUCAUUUUGAAAGAUUGCAGUGUUCUGAGGCAAAAAAUAACAAUAAUCAUGUAUAUAUCAUUGAGCUGAAUUUUUUUGUUGUUGUUUUGAAUGGAGCUACCACUAUACCAAAUGAAACGGAGGAAUUUCUAUGGAGGAAACACUUCUUCUCAUAGAUUGUUAAGGGCUAAAAGUAAUCAUCGUAUUUACUGUUUAAAAAAUAGACCAACCCAAGAGAAAAACUCUGAGCUAUGUGAGAGUAGUAUUAAAAAAAAAAACAGACCUAGGCUACUGAUCAUGAAUGCAAUAAAUUGAUCAUGCCUUUUUGGCUGAUUAAUGUGUGUUUUAAUUACUCUUCUGAAUGACAAAAAAAAUUGAAGUUCACUUAAUUAAUUGGAGAAAAAAAUAUAGUGCAUGGUCUUUAUUCAUUAUCCGUGCAAUAUGAAUAUGACAGCCUGUUAAGUUUAAUACGCUGGGUUUGACAUACUGUAGCUCGGGAAUUGAUCACAUCAUACUUGUGUGUGCUAUCAAACCAAUUAAAUGUGUGCAUUUCUGUGUG